CUUUGCCCGUCCUCUGCGAACUGCCACACAAACAGAGGCGAUAUGACCGAGGCGCACAGGAGGACUCCGCCCCUGCAUGAGCGCAGCAACUCGGUUGGCGAUUUAUGCAGAAACAGCAGAAGGGGCCUGGAAAUCCAUUUGCUCGCUUGCUGGGUUUGCCUGUAAAGCGGGGGAGUUCAGCCUGCAGAAGGCACAGGAGUGAUCCAGAUUUGAUUGAAUUGUCUGGUUAAGGAUGUGGGCUCAUGCGCUUGGCUUCACAGCCUUGCCACAUCUUGGUGGAUUCAUUGGUUGGUUCUUUACUCGAAAGGAAGUGCCCAUUUGGUAUGAAAGUCUGAAGAAACCAUCAUGGCGGCCACCUAAUAAAAUAUUCCCAGUUGCUUGGACUACACUGUACACGAGCAUGGGCUAUGCUUCAUACUUGGUGUGGAGGGACCUUGAUGGCUUCAACAGCAAAGCAGUUGUCCCACUGGGCCUUUAUGGAGCUCAGCUUGCCCUGAACUGGGCAUGGACUCCUGUAUUCUUUGGUGCUCAUAACCUAAGACUGGCUCUGCUGGAUAUUGUGGGUCUCUAUGGGUUAGUGCUGGGCACCAUGUAUUCCUGGUAUCCUGUUAACAAGAUCGCAACCAUGCUGAUGUUGCCUUACCUUGCCUGGCUGACCUUGGCUUCCUGUCUCACUUACUGCAUAUGGAGAGACAAUCCAGAAAAGGGAAAGAAGAACAAAUAAGAAAUCAUUUGGCAAAAGGGAAGUCAUUUGGAGCUGUUUGAUCCUGAGAGCUAGUGUUACAGAAGGGAGUCUGCUAUACCUUUUUAAUCUGAAAAAUUCCAACUCCUCACAUGAAAUCUUAGUGGUUUGUUGUGUGGGUGAAUUCACAUUUAGACUCAAAGUAUAUGAGACAACAGAGUUCUGUGAUGGGAACUCCCAAUAUAUCUUUUGGUCCUAAAAGAUAGUUGUCAGAUGGUAUGAAGAGGGCUACAGCAUUGGGAAAAAGGGCAUUUAAAAUAUAGGCACUUUUUCUGUAGUUGUGGUUAAAGGUUACCCAGAGUAACCAUACACAUCCACAAUAUUGGAGUCUUUAUCCAUUUUGGGCCCCACAACUGGUUUUAGGACCAAAAGACACAUCAGAAGUUCUAAAGAUGGAACUUAAUGUCACAACUAGUUUGAGCUUAAAACUUGACCUUGCUGUCAUCUCUCAUAUUUUAAAAAAUUACAUCAGUGAAAUCUUGGGGAUUAUUGUGGAAUUCCUCUCUGAUAACAGCAUAUGUGAAAAAUAUCCAUGUACUAUAUUAAUGAGAUGGUUUUUUUCACAUUACUCCAUCUCUUCCUUUUCUUCCCUGCUGUCAUAAUUUAGAUUGCAAAUCCCGUGAAAGAAGGACCUGUGUCUUUUGCUUAUUUCAUUUGAAAGACCAGGUAUGUUGGUGCUGUAUAAAUAAAUAGUAAAAACAGCUUAGUUCCAAAAUAGUUGUGCAAAUUGAAGGGCACUUCCAAUUAUACAAGAUGAGCUAAUUUUGUCAGUUCCCCUUUUCUUCUAUCUAGUUCCUCAUGCCAACUUUCAUGUUACUUCACCUACAAGUCUUGGCUGAGGGGCAUGGGGUUGGAGAUACUUACUCUAUGAGCUGAUUUGCCAGUUUUUUAUGUCUAUGCUUAUAAACGAUGGAUGUGAUGGGCAUAUGUUUGUCAGUACAUUGUGUAAGCAGUUGGCCUGGCCUCCACCAUCUUUAAUAGCCAUUUAACAUGGCUCCCUGUGAUAUAAAGGCCCCUGGAUUUAAAAUGGCAGUUUAGAUUGCAGCCAGGGGAGUUUCAGCUAACAUUGCUGACGGAGACCCCGGGAGACCCAGGCAUGAAUGGAAUGCCACAUGUAAAUGCGGAGAGACUCAUGGUGAUUAGUUUUACAGUCUCCCCAGCCCCUAAGGAAUCCAGAGCAACAAAGGUCUCGCAGAGUCAUCCCACUUAACGCAUUCCUCUCCCUCCUUCCGUGAUGAGAUCUCCUGUCCAUGAUUGAGGAGAAAAUCAACUAGCAUUCAUAAGUAUUUAUAUAAUUCAUUCCUGGGAAGGUACAUUCCCCACCUAAAUUCAUCAAGUUAGCACUGGUGGACUUCAUUAACAAACUGCCCCUUUGUGCAGUACCAGAACAAAUUUUGCAUUCUCUUUCUCAUGCCCCGGCAGCUACCAAUAAAAGUAAUCAAAACUUUUGUUACUCCCAGGAACUGACCGUUGGAGCCUUUGUUCUAACAGCUAGGUGGGCUAUCCCAACUCAGGGCACAUUUUACCCUAUAAAAUAGGGACCCUGGCCCCAUUUAAAGUGUGCACACUUACUGGAUCUUAAGUGCUGCUCCCUUGAGGUUGCUCCAAGCCUCUUGCUCUCCUGGCUGAGAAUGCUGGCAUUUGAAGCUGCCCUCUUCCCCUGUGGACUGGGCUACUCUUCAGGAUAGGUAGAUAUACUUUUCCCUCCCUCACUCUAUUCCAACUUAUUACUAGCUUCCUAGAACUCUGUGUGCAUGCAACCAUUUUAUUAAUUACUCCUGUGUGUGCGUGUGUUUUUCUUCAAUAAAAGUUUGCUCUUUGAAUUUAAAGCACUAGCCUCGUCUGCUAUCUGGGAAGGGACUCCGUAGAAAUUGGUGGAAAAGAUCCCAUAGUUACCGCCUCUUGCAUAGCUGUCUUCCUUGCUGCUAAUUUCCUCCACAAUUCUCUUAUUUGCAAGGAGACCAAUUCAGGUAACAAUUGAUCACGCACAGCUGUAUACUUUGAGGAGCUGGGAUUUACUUGAUCUAUUUGAGAAGUGGACACUCAGUAACAAAGAUGGAUUUGCCAUGCACAUCUCAAUACUAUGCAUGAAAAGGCUGAGAUUUCUGGAAUUAUUUCCCAUUAACUGGAGAUUUUUCUCUUUAUUUCUAUAAGGUACAUGAGUAGUUUUUUAUUGUACUGUUCAUCUAUUAUUUGAUUGUGGUCAAAUAUUCCAAGUAGUCAACAAUGCUUUUAAGUGGUAGCCUAUUUUUCUUACUUCAUAGAAUCAUAAAGGACCUUAUAGACCAUCUAGUCCAACCCCCUGCCCAAUGCAGUAACAGCCUAAAGCAUCCCCAACAGGUAUUCAACCAGCUGCUCUUGAAGGCUGCCAAUGCCUUUCCAUGCUCACUGUUACCCUGAACAAACAUGGGUCUAUGGGGAAGCUAUUUGGCCUUCUGCAAUGGGCCUAAAAAUUCCUUCCCUGGACUGUUUCUGUUUGAGGCAAUAUCUGGAGAGGGGACAGCACCCAAAGUUCCUUCUGACCACGUGCUUUGUUCUAAUACAGGAGUGGCAGCCGCAUGCACAGAAAGAGAAAACAUACAAAUCACUUAUGAUUUGGCUGGAGUUGCCACCCUGAAAACUCUGUCUCUAGAAAGCUACCCUUAAAUUCAAUCUUAUACUCUAUAAGUGGUUCAUCAGAAUAUGAAGGUAGCUUCCAACCAGUUCUGGAUGAUGGCACAGCCCAGUAGUUAAAAGAAUGAGCUAUAAGGCAGGAAUUUCCUGGUUUUAAUCUUGCCUCUGCCAUGAAUCAAUAGGUGAUCUUAAUCCUUCCCCCAUGAAAUGGGAAUAAUAGUCAUCUACAUUAUAGGGAUGCGCUAAGAAUUACAGGAUAUGUGCUAUAUAAAUACUGCUGUGCUAUACAAGUAGCAUUUUUUUUUCUGGAUGGAUUGUGUUUCCCCUUAAAGAUCAGAUUUGUAGCUUCAGGGGGAUUCUGGAUCCCACUCUUGAAAUGGAUACUCAGCAUCCAUUCCAUUAAGCAUUUUUCUCCAACUUCGACUGGUGCCUCAGCUGUGUUCCUUUGUGGAAACAGAUCAACUGACUUUUGUUAUCCAUGCUUUAGUCUCUUAGUACAGUGCAGUGAUAUGGGGGUAACUUUGAGAGUUCAGCUGAGCUAGAAUAAGGCAACAAGAUUGAUCAGUGAUGUACAAGACAAUGAUCAUAUCAUUCCAAUAUUGUAAGAUUUUUCUUGGUCUUCAUUUUUUCUGGGCAUAAUUAAAGAUGCUGGGACCAGGAUAUCUAAAGGAAUGUCUUCUCGCAUACAAACUUACUUAAGAACUAAGAUCUGCCUCUGAGGCCCGUCUCCAAAUACUGCCCAGCUUCAGAGGCUUUCUUCUUCAGCAGCUUUAGAACUCUACAUAGAGAUUUGCAUUGUGCCAUUAUUACUGUUUUUUAGGUGCCUGUCUACUGUCUAUCCAGUUCAUGCAGAUUUUUAAUAGCGAGUAAAAACUUGUAAUUUUGUAAAGUAAUAACAUUGCUUCUGCUAUUUUUUUGUAUUCAGUAUUUUUAUUUGUUGAAAGAUUUUAUUUUUAGUGUUUUUAACAGUCUUACUUUGAAUGUUUUGUUAGUCCUUUUAAGAUUUAACAUGACCUUGUUUUGAAUGAAGUUGAUUUUUUUAAUGUAAUAAAAUCAUUUAAAGGGA